GCUCAUGAUCCUGGGACUUGCCGUUGUUCUGUUUAUGUUCCGAAAUGUGCCCCUGCAAGCAGUGUUCAGCACAUCCAAGCCGCAGAUCCCGAAGCCUGUGCCGGGUGGCCCGGUGCUGAAGCUUCUACCUGAGAAGCACCUAAGGAACCUCUUUACCUACGAUGACAUCUGGCUCUUCCCCAAAAAUCAGUGUGACUGUGAUUCCGGCCAGCUGAAAAGAAAAUACAAUUUUCAGGGUGCCUAUAACCAGAACGACCUCCCAGCUGUGAAUGCCAGGAGACAGGCGGAAUUUGAACACUUUCAGAGGAGAAAAGGGCUGCCCCGCCCACCGCCUCUGCUGGCGCCACCCAAUCUCCCCUUUGGAUACCCAGUGCAUGGAGUGGAGGUGAUGCCCCUGCACACAGUUCUCAUCCCAGGCCUCCAGUAUGAAGGGCCAGAAGCCCCGGUCUAUGAGGUCACCCUGAGAGCUUCUCUGGGGACACUAAACACCCUUGCUGACGUCCCAAACAGUGUGGUGCAGGGCAGAGGCCAGAAGCAGCUGACCAUUUCCACCGGUGACCGGACACUCCUGAAAUUCAUCCUUCAGCAUGUGACGUACACCAGCACGGUGUACCAGCUCCGCAAGGUGGACAUGGUGAGUUUGGAGUCCAUGUCCUCAGUGGCCAGAUUUCCAGUGACCAUCAACCAACCGACUGUACCCAAGUUGUAUGACCCUGGACCAGAGAGGAAGCUCAGGAACCUGGUGACCAUUGCCACCAAGACUUUCCUCCGUCCCCACAAGCUUAAGACCCUGCUGCGGAGUAUCCGAAAAUAUUACCCGGACUUAACUGUGAUUGUGGCUGAUGACAGCAAGGAGCCCCUGAAGAUUCAGGAUGACUACGUGGAGUAUUACUUCAUGCCCUUCGGGAAGGGCUGGUUUGCUGGUAGGAACCUGGCCAUCUCACAGGUGACCACUAAAUAUGUCCUCUGGGUGGAUGACGACUUUCUCUUCGACAGCAAGACCAAGAUUGAGGUACUGGUGGAUGUCCUGGAGAAAACUGAACUGGAUGUGGUAAGAUCACCAUAA